GGCGGGGCUAGGAGGAGGCGGCGGUAGCUGCGCGCGCGCGCGCGGGUGCGAACGGGAAACGCCGCGAGGGCCAGGCCGGGCGGCGGAGACGACGGACGGUGACCAUGGCCGCGACAGCGGGCGGCGGUCCGGGAGCGGCAGCAGGCUCCGUGGGUGCAGGGGGUGUGGCGGCGGCCUCGGGCCUGGCCGUGUACCGGAGGAAGGACGGGGGCCCGGCCAGCAAGUUUUGGGAAAGCCCGGACACGGUGUCCCAGCUGGAUUCGGUGCGAGUCUGGCUGGGCAAGCACUACAAGAAGUAUGUUCAUGCUGAUGCUCCUACCAAUAAAGCACUGGCUGGACUGGUGGUACAGCUUCUUCAGUUCCAAGAAGAUGCCUUUGGGAAGCAUGUCACCAACCCAGCUUUCACCAAACUACCUGCAAAAUGUUUUAUGGAUUUCAAAGCUGGAGGCACCUUGUGUCACAUUCUUGGGGCUGCUUACAAGUUCAAAAAUGAACAGGGGUGGCGGAGAUUUGAUCUUCAGAAUCCAUCCCGAAUGGACCGUAAUGUUGAAAUGUUCAUGAACAUUGAAAAAACCUUGGUACAGAACAAUUGUCUGACUAGACCCAACAUCUACCUCAUUCCAGACAUUGACUUGAAGUUGGCUAAUAAAUUGAAGGAUAUCAUCAAACGGCAUCAGGGGACAUUUACUGAUGAGAAAUCAAAAGCUUCCCACCAUGUUUAUCCAUGUCCUUCUUCACAAGAGGAUGAAGAGUGGUUGAGACCAGUGAUGAGAAAAGACAAGCAGGUGUUGGUACACUGGGGCUUUCACCCAGACAGCUAUGACACUUGGGUCCACUGUAAUGAUGUUGACGCUGAAAUUGAAGAUCCACCAAUUGCAGAAAAGCCAUGGAAGGUUCAUGUAAAAUGGAUUUUGGACACGGACGUUUUCAAUGAGUGGAUGAAUGAAGAGGAUUAUGAAGUAGAUGAGAAUAGGAAACCAGUCAGUUUUCGUCAGCGAAUUUCAACAAAGAAUGAAGAGCCAGUCAGAAGUCCAGAGAGGAGAGAUAGAAAAGCAUCAGCUAAUGCACGAAAGAGGAAACAUUCCCCUUCACCUCCCCCUCCUACACCUACAGAAUCCAGGAAGAAGAGUGGGAAGAAAGGACAAGCUAGUGUUUAUGGGAAGCGUAGAAGUCAGAAAGAAGAAGAUGAGCAAGAAGAUCUUACCAAGGACAUGGAAGACCCAACACCUGUACCCAAUAUAGAGGAGGUGGUUCUCCCUAAGAACGUGAACCCAAAGAAAGAUAGUGAAAAUACACCUGUUAAAGGCGGCACGGUGGCAGACCUAGAUGAGCAGGAUGAAGAAGCCGUUACAACAGGAGGAAAGGAGGAUGAAGAUCCUAACAAAGGUGAUCCCAGUCGGUCAGUUGAUCCAGGAGAAGAUAAUGUGACAGAGCAGACCAAUCACAUCAUUAUUCCCAGCUAUGCAUCAUGGUUUGAUUAUAACUGUAUUCAUGUGAUUGAACGGCGUGCUCUUCCUGAGUUUUUUAAUGGAAAAAACAAAUCCAAGACUCCAGAAAUAUACUUGGCAUAUCGAAAUUUUAUGAUUGACACAUACCGUCUAAAUCCCCAAGAAUAUUUAACCAGUACUGCUUGUCGGAGAAACCUGACUGGAGAUGUGUGUGCUGUGAUGAGGGUUCAUGCCUUCUUAGAGCAGUGGGGCCUUGUUAACUACCAAGUAGAUCCUGAAAGUCGACCCAUGGCAAUGGGGCCUCCUCCUACCCCUCAUUUCAAUGUGUUAGCCGACACACCCUCAGGCCUUGUGCCUCUGCAUCUUCGAUCACCUCAGGUCCCUGCUGCUCAGCAGAUGUUAAAUUUUCCUGAAAAGAAUAAGGAAAAACCAAUUGAUUUGCAGAACUUUGGUCUUCGAACUGACAUUUACUCCAAGAAAACACUGGCAAAGAGUAAAGGUGCUAGUGCUGGAAGGGAGUGGACAGAACAGGAGACCCUUCUCCUCCUCGAGGCUCUGGAAAUGUACAAGGAUGAUUGGAAUAAAGUCUCAGAACAUGUUGGAAGUCGUACUCAGGAUGAAUGCAUCCUUCACUUUUUGAGGCUUCCCAUUGAGGACCCAUACCUUGAAAAUUCGGAUGCUUCCCUUGGGCCUCUAGCUUACCAGCCUGUCCCUUUCAGCCAGUCCGGAAACCCAGUGAUGAGUACUGUUGCUUUUUUAGCAUCUGUGGUUGAUCCUCGUGUGGCAUCUGCUGCAGCAAAAGCAGCGUUGGAGGAGUUUUCUCGGGUCCGAGAAGAAGUACCACUGGAAUUAGUUGAAGCACAUGUCAAAAAAGUACAAGAAGCUGCGAGAGCUUCUGGAAAGGUGGAUCCGACCUAUGGCUUGGAGAGCAGCUGUAUUGCAGGCACCGGUCCUGAUGAGCCAGAAAAACUUGAAGGGUCUGAAGAAGAGAAGAUGGAAACAGAUUCUGAUGGUCAGCAGCUUGAAAAGGCAGAAAACAAAGUGGAAAAUGAAUCGGAUGAAGGUGAUAAAACGCAAGAUGGAGAAAAUGAGAAAAACAAUGAGAAGGAACAAGAUAGUGAAGUUAGUGAGGAUAUCAAACCAGAAGAAAAGGAGAAUGAAGAGAACAAGGAACUCACUGAUACAUGUAAAGAAAGAGAAAGUGAUACCGGGAAGAAGAAAGUGGAACACGAGAUUUCUGAGGGAAAUGUCGCCACAGCCGCAGCAGCUGCUCUCGCCUCAGCUGCUACCAAAGCCAAGCACCUGGCUGCUGUGGAAGAGAGAAAGAUCAAGUCCCUGGUAGCUCUCCUGGUUGAGACGCAGAUGAAGAAACUAGAGAUCAAACUUCGACAUUUUGAAGAGCUUGAAACUAUUAUGGACAGAGAGAAAGAGGCUCUAGAACAACAGAGACAGCAGUUACUUACUGAGCGCCAGAACUUCCACAUGGAACAAUUGAAAUAUGCUGAGCUACGAGCUCGACAACAAAUGGAACAGCAGCAACAUGGCCAGAACCCUCAGCAAGCACACCAGCACUCAGGAGGGCCUGGUCUGGCCCCACUUGGAACAGCAGGGCACCCUGGCAUGAUGCCUCAUCAGCAGCCCCCACCCUACCCUCUGAUGCACCAUCAGAUGCCGCCACCCCAUCCUCCCCAGCCAGGUCAGAUACCAGGCCCUGGCUCCAUGAUGCCUGGACAGCCCAUGCCAGGCCGCAUGAUUCCCACUGUGGCAGCCAACAUUCAUCCUACUGGGAGUGGCCCUGCCCCUCCCGGUAUGCCUCCAAUGCCUGGAAACAUCUUAGGACCCAGGGUACCCCUCACAGCACCAAAUGGCAUGUAUCCUCCUCCACCACAGCAGCAGCCACAGCCUUCACCAGCAGACGGGGUUCCUCCACCUCCUGCUCCAGGCCCACCAGCCUCGGCCACUCCUUAGCCUGGAAGAAACAGGGAGCCUCCACACCCACCACAAGCUGAAAUGGGGAUGGCAAGACUUGUGUCUCAGCUUCCUUGCUUUUCUUUUGGGAUUUUUUUUUUUUCCCUCACAGCCCCAAGCAUGAGUCCCAUGUCUCUCCACCCCCGAUAUUCUCGAUGUCAAGUCCUUAGCUGAUACUCAGUAGAAGCCUGUGGUGACUAGUGUGCCCAGGCAAUUUGAAGUAAGCCGUGUGCCAGGUGUUGGCAGUUGCUCUGCAGGUCCAGUUGACAUUAGUGUUCUAUGUCUCUGUUUUGUCUUAUGCUUCAGUGGAUAAUUCUCGAUAAUUACUAUCCUUUCUUCUCCUGUUGUUUUUAAGGAGAGCAUCCUCAAUUAAUAGAAACCAAAAACUAACUGGUGAUGGACAGGAGACAGCCACAGAGGGGGGGCACACCUUAAAGCAUUAUAAGUGACCUUAUUUCUACUUUUCUGAGCUAAGAGUGGUGCUACUGGUGAGGUUCCUGAGGCAUUCGCCACCCAAAAAUGCACCCAUCUGAGAAGAUCUGGGGAAGAAAGACACACCUGUUGCUCUUAUUCCCUGGUGAGGACUGUGAAGGACUACCCUGAAAGAACACACACUGUACCUAGUAUAGUACCAGGCAGCACAAACAUCAGCAGAGCCCACUCCUUCCCUUCUCCACAAGUCUGGGUUUCUGUGCAGAUUGGCAGGGUUGGAACUAGGAUUGUUUUCCUUGGGACAGUGUGAGUUUUAAAGGUUGGAAUUUUGGGAGGCAUUCCCUAGGUUUUCCCUGACUAGUCAGGAAAGUUAAAGAAUCUAGGGCCCUACCUACAUACCUUUAGGAGUCCUACCCAACCCCACACAUAUCUUUUCCCUCACCCCCACAUCUAGCUGAACUUUAUAUGUGUUUUUUUAAACCUCCUAUGAGAAAAGAAAGGAAAAAAAAAAUGUUAAAAUGGGUAAGUAGAUUGUGCUAAAUGUUUUAUCUCAUGAAACUUGGUUAGGUGGCUGAGGGUACAAGUCCCUAAACUACCUCUUGCUGAGCCAGGGUGAAUGGGAUUUCUAGAAGCGGUACUGAGGUUCAGAAUGGCAGUGGAGGAGUGGGGCCCACCCAGCAGCCUCCUGUAACUCUGUCACAGGGUUGUAGAAAAUAUGUGAGGGCACAGGACCUCACUUGGCUCCAAAGCAUUAUGUUUUAAAGUUUGGGAUGCUCACACUAGGAGGAUGGGGUACCAUUCCAGAGGAAGAGCCACAGAAAAGCCUUAAUUUGAGCCUGCAUAUACCCCUUCUUGAGUGGUUUGAUAGUUAACUGGUUUUGUCAGCUCAUCCUUCCUUCCCUUCUGUCCUUCCAUGAUUAGCAAGGUGUUUCUGUCAGUUUCAGUUGAGUGACAGGUUUCAUUAUCGAGAAUGCAAAGUAGAAUGUCUUAUGGAUAUCUUUUUCUAUGUGUGUUUUAAAGCUUUACAUAUGGGGGGGAGGUGUCCACAACACCUUAGAGCCCUUAAUGUCAGAACACAAAAAUCCACGGUUGAGAUUUGCCCUUGAGACCCUCUUGUUUGCCUCUACUAGGUGGCCUUGGUCACCGUCGGAGUCCUGGCGUACUAGAGCAAAGGAAACCUUACCCCUUUCUUAUGUGUGCUCUAGACUCUUGGAGUAGAAAUGGAAGUGAGCUUGUUCCUUGAGAGGUUACAUAACUCAUUUGCCUCCAGGAAUACCCCAGUGCCUUUAGACAGUGGCCAGGGUUUCCCCUAUUUCCCUCCUUUCUCUCCCAAAGGAAACUCACUCCCAAGCUCGCCUUUCCCCUGGAGUCCUAGAAGGAGAAUGGGACUCUGGUUCACACUGUGGUCCUUUAUAACCUCAGGUCUGUAAUGUGAUCACCUUCCAGUUUGAAAGAUGCAAGUGGAGUUAUUUUUGCAGCGCUUGAAACCUACAGAGCCUGAGUUCAACGCAGCUCCUUCUAUGUCUUUCAGUUGGGUUUCAUUCUUGUAAUAACACCCAUCCAGUUUUGUGAGGGGCGGGCUGUGUGGCUUUUGUACAAAUGUGUUUCUAAGUGUGGGUUGUUUUUUGUUUUGUUUUGGUUGUUUUCUUGUUUCUAAAUGAGGGAAGGGAAUUUUGAGAGUUUGGGAGAAAAUGAAUGAAAGUGGCUUAAUUUCCCUCUUUUUCAUUAAAUAAAUGAUAUACCAUUUAUGAAUUCUA